CCAUGAAGCGCUGAGGAGAGCGGGGCUCCAGGGAGGGAUCGGGACACUCCGAGGGGAUCGGGACCCUCCUUGAGGGCUGAGGGCAGCGAGACCCUCUGAGGGGAGCGGGAACCCCUGGGGGAUCGGAUCUUGCUGAGGAGCCGAGGGGAGUGGGAGCUGAGGGCAGCGAGACCGCCUAGGUGCCGGAGGCAGCAGGGUAGUGGGGCACCCUGAGGGGAAAAGGACUCUCCCGAAAUGCUGAGGGAAUCGGGGGCCCUUGAGGGCAUCGGGGUCCCCCUGAAAUGCUGACGAGGUCGGGUCCCCGGAGGAGCCUGGGGCAGAGUUCGCAGCCCGUGAGGAGGCCGGGGUGCCCCGCAGCAGCCCCAGCCUGGCCCUGCUCGUUGAACUCCCUCGGCACAGCUGAGCCCAGCCCGCAGCUGUGGGUGCCGUGCCCGGGACCAAAGAAAUGCCAUUAAAUCCCAGUGGUUUCACCUGAAGAAUUCUUUGGGGUGCUGCUGGUGUAAAAGAUGAGGCUGAAUGAGAGCCGGACAAGACCCUUCCAGGCUCCUGCCACCGUGCACACCUUCCCGGGCAGGCAGGUGUACGUGUUCCCCAAUGGCCGCUCAGACUCCGAUGAGUCCGAGGAGGAGGAGCUCAACGUGAUGGAAUUGCGGCCCAGGGGCAAGGAGCAGCAGCGGGGCAGCACCCGGGACAGGCUGGGGGAUGUGGUGCUUCUGGAGAGGGAGCUCACCCAGGAGGACAGCCUCAACAAGCUGGCCCUGCAGUACGGCUGUAAGGUUGCCGAUAUCAAACGCGUCAACAACUUCAUCCGGGAGCAGGACCUGUACGCGCUGAAGUCCAUCAAGAUCCCGGUGCGGCCGCACGGGCUGCUCACGGAGAGCGCCGGGGCCCUGCGGCCGCCCCCAGCGGGGCCCACCCAGCCUGGCCUGAAGCGCCUGGAGCCGCCGGAGCCCGACCCCGGCGCGGGCGGCUCCGCUGACGGCCGGCGCCUCAGCGAGUACUUCAGGGACAUCGACCAGAGCAUCCAGGAUGCCGUGCAGGUGGAGGUGCAGCUGAACGCGGAGUACGGCGGGGAGGGGCUGGAGAGGCCCCUGCCCGAGGCAGGGAAGCGGGACACCGGUAACGGUGCAGACUGCGGAAUCCAGUGGUGGAACGCCGUGUUCAUUAUGCUCCUGAUAGGAAUCGUCCUGCCAGUGUUUUAUAUAAUCUAUUUUAAAACACAAGGCCUGGUGGCCCACACCUUUAACAUAACAACCCCAAAUGUUUCAACAGCUGCAUUGGAAGGGAGAUUAACACAAGGCUCAGGCAUAGGAAAAAAAUCCUAAGGGGAAGGGGCAGCCCACUCCAGCCUGUCCAGCAGUGACACCCGUAUGCUCGUGACUGACUCAAGCGCAGCCAAGGGGAUACAACAAUAGAGAUUAUUUUUAUAAGUAGCUGAUGAUGUAAUCCUGAAUUUGACUGAAAAUGAGGUGAUGUGAUUUUGAUGGAAAAAUAAGGAUGCUGUGUUGCUUACAGAGAUCAUCACCCAGGUGGCUUCAGUUGAGAACUCUGUUGAUGGAAGGUAUUUUGUGGAAAUUUACUCAUUGUGGUUGCUUCAGGUAUUUCUUAAUGCUGUGUCUAGAAGCAAAUUCUUUGCUGCUGAGCUAGAGAGUGCAGUAUUAAUAUGGUUGGAAAUUUGGGGGUUGUGUGCAUUUUAAGGGAACACUUUUUGCUGGAAUAGAAGCAGGGGAUGCUUUUUCUCGGAAGUGUCAGUUCGGUCUCCUGCAGACUAUGGUGGUUUUGGCCUGCUUGACCCUAGUGAUGCCUGCUGGGGCUCUAAGCUAGGUGUGCCAGGGCAGGAGGAUGCUGCCAGCACCCCCCAUUGUCACUCCCUCCAGCAAACGUUCCAGCUGUGUUCAUUAGAAUGCAUCAGGCCCACCCUUGGGAAGGGUGAGCCCAGCCCUCUUCCCCUCGGUGAAAUCCUUCAGCGAUGGCUGCUGAGAUCAGAGAUCUCAGUGCUGUCCCAGGGUACUGCUCAGCCCUGCAUGGCCCCAGGUGGGCAGGGGGUGUUGGGAGAGGACAGGAGAGCACGAGAGAAGAGUCACAGGCACUUCUCAAGGGCUCAUUUGCUGGCAAGAGAUCUAGUCAGUAUUAUUUGCUAAAACUCUAAUAAUAAUAUAUAGUGGUGCUUCUCAGACACCCGCGCUCAGUCAUGGAAUUACUUCGUGUGCAGUCUGAGUGAGGGUGAAGUGCUGAGCUGGGUGCAGGUUGCAAGGUCCAGGACAGAAGUCCAAGAAGACAAAAGGGUGAAGCCUUUCUAGGAGAGGACUGUGAAGCUGCUGCUUGUGACGGGUUUCUGUGAAGUGACCGCAUGCAUUGAAAAGCUGCACAGGGCAGGGGGUGUCAAGUCAGCCUGAGGGCUGUGCUCUCCAGGGCCACUCAGCAAACACUACCUGCUGCAAGGGAGCAGCAAGGGAGGCCUUGGGAGCUUUCCUAAAGACAAGAAUUUGCCUCAGAACUUUGAUUCAGCAAAUUACAGGCCUGUGGGCAGAGGUGAAGGCUUUCCUGGAACCAAACACUAAGGGAGGUGUGUGGGCAGGUGCCAUUGGUACAGAGGGUGAGGGCAGAGCUGGUGGGCAGGUGCUGGAAGUCACUGUUUGUUGUCCCCACCUCAGCCCAGCCCCAUUUGCAGCUUCCCAGCUAGCCAGCAGGACCAAAGAGCUUUUCCAGCUUCCCCUGGCAGCCCAAGGCCAGCAGGGGUUGGAGAGGGGCUGUGCUACAGACACCUCUGGUUCAGGUGUGGCUUCAGCCUGGCCUCAAAGACUGCCUCUGCCUGGAGAGGGAGGACUGAAGCUUCUCCAGCAAGGUGAGGACCCCACACCAUGCAAGCACAACUGUGUGCUGUUACAGUGAGAACCUCUGUUCCCUGCAGCUCUCAGAAGUGGGUACCUAAUUUUGUAAACAGGCACUCCGAAGUAUCUUAUACUGAACAAAAACUUGUAUUUUUCUUCUGUGAAGAGCUGUUAUCUCUUUGU